UGGGGCAGUUGGGCCCGCAGAAGUCGGUUGGGGAGCUGUCAGCGCGGGCGCCAGAGCGAGCCCGUCGGGGCGCGGGGUGGGCGCGGCCGACCCGGUCCCCGACCCGGCCGGCGGCCCCACACCUCGCGCUCCCACACGCGGCCCCCUCAGCUGCCGGGCCGCGAACCAAGCCGCUUGCCUGUCCGUCCGCUGCCCUCAUCUUUUCUCCCGCCGGCCGCGGAGACCCCGCUGGGGCUGAGGCUUCUGCGAGGCGGGUGGCCAGGGCCAGCCGCUCUCUUAGCCAUGUCCUCGGCCCAGGACGCCAGCAGCAACUUUCCCCUGCACCUCCUGGUCUGGAACAACGACUACCGGCAGCUGGAGAAGGUGCUGCGCGGCCAGGAUGUGGAGGCUCUGGAUCCACGAGGCAGAACAUUACUGCACCUUGCAGUUUCUUUGGGACAUUUGGAAUCUGCUCGAGUCUUGCUCCGACAUAAAGCAGAUGUGACUAAAGAAAACGGCCAGGGAUGGACAGUUUUACAUGAGGCUGUGAGCACUGGGGAUCCUGAGAUGGUGUACACAGUUCUUCAACACCGAGACUACCAUAACACGUCCAUGGCUCUCGAGGGAGUUCCCGAGCUGCUACAUAAAAUUCUCGAGGCUCCAGACUUCUACGUGCAGAUGAAAUGGGAGUUCACCAGCUGGGUGCCCUUGGUUUCCCGAAUAUGCCCAAACGAUGUUUGUCGAAUUUGGAAAAGUGGUGCCAAACUGCGUGUUGAUAUCACAUUGCUGGGAUUUGAAAAUAUGAGCUGGAUAAGAGGGAGACGUAGUUUUAUAUUUAAAGGAGAAGACAACUGGGCAGAGUUGAUGGAAGUCAACCAUGAUGAUAAAGUGGUCACUACAGAACAUUUUGAUCUUUCCCAAGAAAUGGAGCGCCUCACACUGGACUUGAUGAAGCCGAAAAGCAGGGAAGUUGAGAGGCGGCUCACAAAUCCAGUCAUUAACACCAGCCUUGAUACUAAAAAUAUUGCUUUUGAAAGAACUAAAUCCGGAUUCUGGGGCUGGAGGACAGAUAAAGCAGAAGUUGUUAAUGGUUACGAAGCAAAGGUUUACACAGUAAACAAUGUGAGUGUGAUAACUAAAAUACGCACAGAACAUCUUACUGAGGAGGAAAAAAAGAGAUACAAAGCGGACAGGAACCCACUGGAAUCUCUGCUGGGAACUGUGGAACAUCAGUUUGGUGCUCAAGGGCAGGACCUCACCACGGAGUUUGCCACCGCAAACAACCCCACAGCCAUCACCCCUGAUGAGUACUUCGAUGAAGACUUUGAUCUGAAAGACAGGGACAUCGGGAGGCCAAAAGAGCUGACAAUUAGAACACAAAAGUUUAAAGCAAUGCUGUGGAUGUGUGAAGAGUUUCCCCUCUCCCUCGUGGAGCAGGUCAUUCCCAUAAUUGACCUCAUGGCUCGGACUAGUGCUCAUUUUGCAAGACUGAGAGAUUUCAUCAAACUGGAAUUCCCACCUGGAUUUCCUGUCAAAAUAGAAAUUCCCUUGUUUCAUGUCUUAAAUGCACGGAUUACAUUUGGAAAUGUUAAUGGCUGCAGUACUGCUGAAGAAACUGCAUCUCAGAACAUGGAAGGGACCCUGGCUGAUUCAGCUUCCCAGUUCACAAAUUUUGAGGUUGAUCAAUCUGUGUUUGAAAUUCCUGAGUCUUACCAUGUUCAAGACAAUGGAAGAAACGUGCAUUUGCAAGAUGAAGAUUAUGAGAUAAUGCAGUUUGCCAUCCAGCAGAGCCUGUUGGAGUCCAGCAGGAACCAAGAACUUUCAGGACCAGCUCCGAAUGGAGGGAUCAGCCCAACACACAGCUAUGAAGCCCAGUAUGAGAGGGCAAUCCAGGAGAGCCUCCUCACCAGCACUGAAGGCCCGUGCCCGGGUGCCCUGAGCGAGACAGGCCGUUUUGAUAGCGACUUGCAGCUGGCCAUCGAGCUGUCUGCCAAAGAGCUGGAAGAGCGGGAGCUCCGGCUCCAGGAGGAGGAGGCUGAGCUCCAGCAAGUCUUAAAGCUGUCUCUCACUGAGAAAUAGACUUUUCUGCCCACUGGCUGCAUAAAGCAGAGGCCCUGGGCUGCACACGAGUGCUAUGUCAACCGAAGCCCUGGCGCUGAGGGCCUACCCUUGGUGCAGAUGGCAGCUGCCCCUUCUUUCCACAGAGGUGCAAGACCAGGGACACCCAGGCCCAUCCAGAUGCUCCCAAAAGUGGAAAGAGGGGAUUGGCAGGUCCCAUCUCCAGGCUCAGGGGAGGAGAGCAUCGUCACUUUCCAUUAGCUGUAUAGGCUUGCAGGUCGCAUUUUUACUACCAGCUUUAGACAAAAACCCCAAUGCACGCAGGUUUGUAGAUACAUUUUUAUCAAGGAGUGAUAACAAAACAAGUUAUUGCAGAGUCAGGGUGCUUUUAUAUAUGAGAGCAGCAGCAGCAGCCUUUGUAGAAUGGUUUGUGAGUUUAAGACCUUGUACUGUUCACCAAAGAAAUGGGUUGUGCCGAUCUACUCUUUAUUUUUACCUGUAUAUAGGGUUUCUAGAACAUUGUCAUUAUGCCUCCUCCACUUCCACCUAUUCCAUUCCUUCCACCCCCGGCUAAAGUUAAAGAGGAGAUAUAUACAGGAUCUAUUUUAGAUUGUGGUUACCUAUUUGCAUCAAAUUAAGAUAUACAAAUGACCACGGAUGUUGCCUUAGCCUUAAAAAAUUACUAAUAGUUUCAAGCCACCUUACUCCACAUACUGAGAGAUCCAAUUUGAAUUUAUAGAGGCAGUUCCUUUGAGAGCAGGAUCCUCCGGGCUAAACCUAAGGCAGCUAAUUCUGUCCCUGAAGGAGCAGCUAGGGGAACCCAUGGCUUGUUCUUGAAGUGGGCAAGCUGGCCCCGAUACUGAACCAAACCAAGCAUGUGUUCAGCACCUGCUCCAGUAAAGGAUUUUUGGAAGGAUAAAUGGAAGAAGCCUAGGAAGAACUGGCUGCAUGUUUUAGUUUCACGUGAGAAAGGGGUGGAUCUGAAAUUAGAAAGGGAACUAACAUGGAGCCCAGCGGCACUUCAUUCAAAAGGGAAAAUGAUAAUGCCAUGUUGCUUUUUAGAGUUCAAAUCAACAUCUUUCUGGAUAAAUAUAUUUUUUAACAGAAUCUUUUUAUUAUUUUUAAAAGAUAUAAAAAUAACUAUUCCCAUCAGUAGCAAUACAAGGUUAUAAAUUUUAACCAGAUUUUCUCAGGCCUUUUUUGAAUACCUUUAGUAGUUAACUAUUUUGUCUAACCCUCCUGUAAAUACUUAUCACGUAACAGACCCCUGGGAACACAGCGAGGACACCUCGUGCUCAUUCCCACAGGCUGCACUGAAAUAACCUGGUGAACGAUAUCCUCCUCUGUUUCAUACCUGUUUCCUGUUCUGCUUCUUUUGGGAUAGGGAAACAUAAACUACUGUCCCAGUUAAUGUCUGUAUGAUACAGUUAGUGUUGCCAGUAAAACAUUCUUCGACACAAAGAACUGUGCUUUUAAUUCCAUAUAGCCAUCCACCUUUUUUUUUUUGUCAUGGUCUGACCAAAAUUCCUUCUGUAUACAAGAGGCCAGUAUAGGCAAAAAUCACAUUUUUAUAUGCAGCUUGGCAUUUUGUUUACUUGGCAUUUACUAUGAGUGAAGUCACUUGGGAAUGGCUGCAGGUAGGCCACAAUGUUUACUAAGGUAAAUCAUAGGUAAUUUCUGUGUUUGCAUUCCAUUGCUCUGCUUCCUGAGGUCUAUGACUUUGUCCCAGGAAGUUACUUAAAAAGGGACUGACCAUCAUGACAACCUGUCACAGCAUUUUUCAUGUGUUCUCUCUUCAAAUAAAAUAAAGACUGCUUCUGUAGAGGGUGCUCUAUAUACUGUAUCCUG